AUGCUGAGAGUAUUCCCCAAGUUCUCCAUUGUCAAUCGGCCGCUUUUUGGUUUAACCAGGCAGUCUUUGAAGAGCUUCCAUUGUAGCUCCCUGAUCAGAAAUGCUGCAAAUGCUUACCAGCAACAGCAGUCCAAGCAACAGAAGAAUGACAAAAUCCAACGUAUUGUGCUUUCCUUGACGGGUCUUUCAGCUCUAUCUUACGGAAUUUGGUACUAUUACUGGCCUCAUCAUACUUUCCCCAGGCCAGUGGCUCAGGUUCUGAGGAAAGGUUUAUGGGCUGAGUCGGAUAAGGAGCAGUUUGAUUAUCAAAAGGCCCUCAGAUUUUACAUUGAAGCACUCGAUGAGUGUAAGAAACUUAAGGUUGACACAAUCAGUGAUGAAUAUACUGGAAUCGAGCUCAAAGUUGCUGAAAUGUAUGAGAAACUCAAUAUGUUUGAAGAAGCCACCGGAGUAUACCUGGAGAUACUUUAUCGCUAUUUUGACGCACUACAUACUCCAGAUAAGGUUCCUGAGGACAAGAGACCAGAUAUGAUAAGGCGAGAUCUGAGAAUAUUGAUAAAAUCACUGGAAACAAACAAGGAUGUCAGUGUGGGCAAGAGGAAUCUUUUAGCACACUUGUUAAUGGCUCAAGAGGAAGUGUUGAGCAGAUCACCAGAGUUGAAGGAAUUUUUCGAACGCAGGAAGCAGAAGGCUAAAAAUCUAUUCCAAGGCAAGGCACUCGAAGCAUCUGACUUCAAAACGUUUGUCAAUGAGGAAACCAUCAAAUUGGAUGACGAAGGGUACAUGAUUCUUGAUUUGCAAAAGAAUAGCAGCGCUUGGGAGCCCUUUAAGGAAGAAUUUUUCACUGCUAGGGAUUUAUACACGGCUUUCUGCUUGUCUUCGAAGGAUAUUGCGGCAGCGUUAAGUUGCAAAAUGACAACUGUUGAAUGGAUGGUGAUGGCCGAUAUGCCACCGGGUCAAAUUCUGCUAUCACAAGCUAACUUAGGCUCAUUGCUUUACUUGCAAGGUGAAAAAUUUGAGGCAGAGAUAUAUCAGCUGGAAAAAAAACGUGAAGAAGACCCUUCGUUACAAAAUGCUGAGACAUUGAUCAAAUCAUUGAGGCAUCUUCAUAGAAAUCGUGACACAUGCCUGGAAAUGGCCACCCAGUGCUACGAUAGCGUCAUCCAAUUUGCCAAGAAAAAUAGUAAAUUGAGAUUCAAUAUGAAAGAUCAAUUGGAUCCUUCUGUCCCACAGGCCAUUGCCCUAUCGACUUACGGGAUGGGUGUGUUAAAUUUACAUCAAGGUCUUUUGGCCAAGUCAGAAAAGUUACUCAAGGAUUCCAUUUCAAUGGCUAGAGAAAUUGAUUUCCAAGAACUACUAAAAGAAGCUAGAAGUGAGCUGGAUAAAGCUGAGAGUUUAAGACUGGAGAAAAAGGACAAACAGGAAACAAAGGCAUAA